AUUUCCCAGAAGUCCUCGUCCCGCAGCUGCGGAACCUAUGGGCUUUGAAAUAGCUGCCACCGGACGGCGUGCCGGCGGCGGACAUGGCUUUCUCGACCAGAUUGGUGGGGCGCCUGUUGGGGCCAGUCAGUAGGUCAGCGGCGCUUUUGGGUGGCAGGUGGCUCCAGCCCCGGGCCUGGCUGGGGCUCCCCGACGCCUGGGGACUCCCCGCCGUGCAGCAGACCCGGGGCAAGGCGCGCGGGAACGAGUAUCAGCCGAGCAACAUCAAGCGCAAGAACAAGCAUGGUUGGAUCCGGCGCUUGAGCAGGCCAAGCGGCGUCCAGGUCAUUCUUCGCCGCAUGCACAAGGGUCGAAAAUCAUUGAGCCACUGAGCAGCGCGACGCUGCCCGCUGGACCCCCCCCCCCCACCAUUAAAGCAUUUUUCCUCGCUGACGACUGGGACUCGGACGGACAUGAAUUCUCAGAUUUCGGGGUUGGCCCAGGGGAAGAAUUGUGGGAUUGGACUGGAAGAGGGAGUGGGAAGUCAGACCUUGCCAAGUGCCUUUUUACGCUUUUGAAUUAGGAAGAAUUUCGAACAUGUGCAUCAGUCCACAGAAUGGUACAGUGAACGCCCUUGUAACCUGGUACACCGCUCUACCCACAACCUAUCCUGCCCUCUCCUGAGGUGCAAAUCUCGGGCAGCAGGUUAUUUCUUCUGUAAAUAUUUCAGAACUCACUUCUCUAAGAUAAUGGCCCUUUAAUACAUAUUCACAAAGCUUUUCAAAGCUAAAAAAAAAAGGUCAACAAUUCCUUCAUGUCAUUAAAAAUCUAAUAAAUGUUCAAAUUUUCA